AUGACUCUGAUGGAGAAUAUUUCAGAAGUUACUGAAUUUAUUCUUGUGGGGUUAACAGAUGUCCCAGAGCUUCAGAUCCCCUUGUUUGUUAUCUUCACUCUCAUUUAUUUGAUCACACUGUUUGGGAAUCUUGGGAUGAUCAUGCUGAUUCUGCUGGACUCCCGACUCCACACUCCCAUGUACUUUUUCCUCUGUAACCUCUCCCUGGUGGACUGUGUUUAUGCCUCAGCAAUCACGCCCAAGGUGAUGGAAGGGUUUCUCACAGGAAAUAAGAUCAUAUCCUACAAUGGGUGUGCUGCCCAAAUGUUCUUCUUUGUAGCUUUUAUUGCUAUUGAAAGUUUGAUCCUUGCCUCAAUGGCCUAUGACCGUCAUGCUGCAGUGUGCAAACCUCUGCACUACACUACCAUUAUGACAAGUACAACCUGCAUUCUAAUUGUCACCUGCUGCUACAUGUGUGGGAUCUUGCAAUCCUCUAUUCAUGUUGCUCUUGCAUUCUGUCUCUCCUUCUGUCAUUCCAACGUGAUUAAUCACUUUUUCUGUGACAUUCCCCCACUGCUGACUAUUUCUUGUUCUGAUACCCACUUAAAUGAGAUUACACUCCUUAUCUUGGCUACAUUGGAUGUUGUUUUUACUCUCUUGGUUAUCUUAAACACUUACCUGCUUAUUUUCAUUGCUAUCCUGAGGAUGCGUUCAGCUGAAGCACAGAGAAAGGCCUUCUCUACCUGUGCAUCUCAUCUCAUCACUGUAUCCAUCUUCUUUGGUUCACUUAUAUUCAUGUAUUUACAGCCCAGCACCAAUCAUUCCAUGGACACAGACAAAGUUGCAUCUGUGUUUUAUACAAUGGUCAUUCCUAUGCUGAACCCUGUAGUAUACAGCUUACGGAACAAAGAGGUCAAAAAUGCAUUUAAGAAGAUUGUUGGAAAAUUAAUGUCUUCACUUUAUUUAUUCAAUUAA